AUGGACUAUAUAAACGAUCAACUUCAAAUUGUAAACAAAUUCUCGUCGUUGAUUUCAUUAAUCGAUCACAUUUACCCGCCUUUAAUGUGUGCAUUAUGUGAUACAGCGUUUUCUUCAGAAAAGGACCUUCUUCAACACCACAAGGAACGACAUAGUAAAGAAUCAAAAUACCUGUGUAUUCAUCCACAUUGCCAAAAACGAUUCAAAUCAAAAGGCGCCUUACGCUUUCAUCUAUCCAACGCACAUAUCGUGAAUCAAACAAAGGGCCCAUUACUUGAUUCGCCGUUUAUAAACUAUACCCACAAUAAUUUGAUAUCAUCAAAUGCACCAUCAGCGAACGAUAAACUUAGCCAAAUAAAUACCACAGCAUCAUUUUUCAUAUCAAGCAUACCAACAGCAAGCAGCUUCAUCCAUAGGAAAAAAGAAAAGAAGCAGAUCUUUUCUUCACCCGUGCUAGAAGACUUGACUCCUUCGCCGCCUCCAUCACCUUUCUCGCUAUAUCAUCACCAGCGUCAUCGGAAACAAACAUUAUCACAGAAAGCGGAAAAGCUCUUAAAUGGUGUGUAUCCACCUUUACAAUGCCCAAGUUGCCAUCAAAUGUUCAACAGAAAGACGAAUGUCAUAAAGCAUCUAACAGAAGCUCAUGUGGGUGAAGAGCCCUAUCGAUGUAUUUAUCCUAAAUGCAAUCACCCUAAAAUGUAUGCUACUCGUGAAGGACUAGUGUAUCAUAUAGUUCGUGUCCAUGAUCAGAAAAAGUGA